CGUGUCAUGUUUGCUAAUUUCGAGCUGUCUUCCGGCGGACUGGUCGCAGCGGACGUCAAGCCCAAGCGAACACGUACGGAUCAGGGCUGUCUACCAUUUUCUAUAUUGCGGGGCUUUCGUACGAACGUGCUGGCAAUGAUCUCUCCGACUGACAGCAUUAAUAUCAGGNNUCGGCGAAAGAAGAAGAGGUGUGAUCUUGCGAAGCCUGUUUGUGUGCGCUGCCGGAAGAGUAUUGGAUCCGUGGUCUGCGAAUGGCCUGCGCACGCAGCGUCACUAGCCUCCGAAGAUGGCGGCAGAUAUCAAAUGCAUCUUAACCUCGAUGCUGGAAGAGACCCGAUCCGGGCGUCGGCAGAUCCUGGAUCUUCGUCUCAAACUACAGUGGUACUUCGCGAGAAGGGAAGGAGCAACUACGGCAUAACCACUCCGAACACCACGGGACGUGUGUGGGAGGCACCACCCUCACCACAGAACAGCAUAGAGAAUUGUAUCACUGUCAGCCUUCCAAGCGGAGUAAAGACAGUAUCACCGUAUGGGCCUCAUAUCGAUGUUUCUAAUAAUGAAGUACUUUGA